AUGGCUUUCUAUUCUCGGAAUGAUAGGCUACUAUGCAAGGUGUUUCCUUCCAGUCUCAGCCCCAUAGCAAUGAGAUGGUUCAACAGUCUGAAGAAAGGAUCCAUCCACAGCUUUUUCAAGCUCAUCCAAGCCUUUAGAGCCAAGGUUGUAACUUGCAGUCAAGAACUACAGCUUAUCAACGCAUUGCUAUCGAUGGCCACAGGGAGUGGGGAGACUUUCCAGUCCUAUUCAAAUAGGUAUUGGGAGCUGUAUAAUGAGAUUGGGGGAGACAACGAACAUGUGGCUGCAAGCACUUUCAAACUGAGGCUACCCCUUCAUUUCGAGCUAAGGGACUCCUUGACCAUGCAACCUCCCGAGAACAUGCACUAUCUGAUGAGGCGCAUAGAAGAACAUAAGAGACUGGAGGACGAUAAACUACAAAAUAAAGCGAAAGCCCCUGCUGUGUUUCAGUACCAGAAGGAAUCCCAAAUUAGGGGCUUUCAACAAAUGUCCAAAAGGGAGACUAGGGGACAAAACCCUAUUAGAAAAGCAAAAGGAGUGAACAUCAUUUUCAAAGAGCCUGUGCAUAAAAUUUAG